CUGAGGGGCAGCAGCUGGGUUAGGCGCAGGGAAGCACAGAACUGCCCGUCUCUGUCCGGCAACCACGCCAAGCAAGCAUUCCUCCCAUGGCAACCAACGGGCAGGCAGGAACCUUGGUCCAUGCUGGUCCUUUUCUUUCCAACUUCAUCCUCGUAGCUGCAGAGGUUCUGCUGCUCUGGGAAAGUCUUCUGAUCCCAGGCAGGUCUCCCAUCUUCUUAGAAAAGAAAUCAAGAGGCAGCCUCGGCAGACACAUUCCUCAGGAUCCAGGGUCUCUCUUUCGGUAGAGCUGGUGUCCAGGUUUGCUCCUUCAUCAGAUCCAUCAGAAACGGAGAUCUGGCCAUGGGGGUUGUGCAGAACUGCUAAACGGGAAUGAAGAAGGGGAACUCCCUUUCCUAUUCAAUGGAUGAAUUCCAGGCCUUGUGCGACCGGAUGUUUCUGCUGCCCGUCUAGAAAACAUGGAGCCCUCGAGGGAAGCAGCAGCAGAAGCCGACAGGAGCCCAGAAGCCACCGCGUCUGACGUUGCCCCCCAGGAAAAGCCUCCCCUCAGCUCUCCCCUUGACCCUGGAGCAGGGCAGACCCCAAGCUGGGCAGAAGAAGAACCUCCUGAGCUCCUGGGACAGUGGGACCCCAGCCAGAUGUGUCCACCAGCCCACUCAAAUGUCCUGCCAACUCCUGCAGGGAAGGAGGGGGCUACACUACAGCAGCCGCAAAAAGCUCUCUUCCUGAAGAUAACCCUGAUCAGACGAAGGACGGGCCUUCCCGAUUCUCAGCUGCAGGAGCAUCUGCAGGGAAGACUCCGUCUCCUGGAGAAUGACAGCCAGCGGGCCGUGGCGGUUUUUAGUGAGUUGUCGGCCAGAUUGCUGUCCAUCCACAGUGAAGGCCAUCUCAUCGCCAUCACAUUUUGGACCUUGGAGGAAAUCUGGAAGUUUAUAACUUACUAUUCUCUUGGUUUUUUAAAUCCCUGCCUGGAGACUCUGUUGCUGGAUGACUCUUUGUGGCUCUCUUCACCAGAAGAAGCUGCUGGAAUUGAGGUCCUCUUAGAUGAAAAUUGUCUCCAUCGGAUCUACAGAGGACUCUUAAUUCAAGAAGGUGCCUAUUUUGGGUUUUGUCCUGAGAACGUUGAUGCAGCCAAUCCAAGCCAGGUGGAAUCGGCAGCUCCAGAGCAAGUCCGGAACGGCCACCCCACAGAUGUCUUGGAGCCCCCGGUGCCUUUCCAUCAAUGGUUUCUGAAAGCAAACGCAGCAUCUGAUGGGUUGGCCUGCAUAACUGCACUUCCAGUCACAGAUCAAGCGGCCACAGGAUUAUCUAUCGCAGUCGUCAGCCACGAGAGUGCUGUGCCAGACGAGAUCAGUUUCCAAAACGGAGAUAAAAUUGAAAUCAUUGGCUAUUUCGUGAAAUGCAUGCCUUGGUUUGUGGGAAGGCAUCUCUCUUCGGGCCAGGUUGGCUUUGUGCAGAGCAGCUGUGUGGAGCCCGAGGGCUUCUUGGCCAUGGCCACAGAACUUCCAUACAUGGAUUUCUUCCGGGAAGAUGGUGACUCCUUCAUGAAAGAAGAAUCCCUCUUGGAUAACCUGAUCAGGCUCUUGGCACACGGUUCCCAGGAGAGCAUUUGCAGCGUUUAUCAAAUUGAUGCACAGAAUGACGUGGGCCUUCAGAAACCUCGCGAGGAAGAAAUGCCCCCUUCCUUCUUUAAUGGAAAGGAGAGUCCAACUCCAUGCAGAGCAGUGAGGUCACUAAUGAAGAUGAAGGACUUUCAGCCGACUGAAGAUAAGCAGCAGCUGCCCACUUGCCACAGGCAGGAGCCCCCCCUUUUGCAGAAGCCAUGUUUCUCCAUGCGCCAGGAUGGUACUUUGGGGCCAGAAAUUCCUGAUUCGUUACUGUCGUUUUUGAAUCAGGAAGGCUAUGAAGAUGGCUUCGGGGGCCUGUACGACCCUCCAUUGUCCUUCCUGAAGACGUCCAUCCAUGGCGAUGCCACAGAGGAAGAGCUGAUGGAUUACUUGGCUCGAGCUCGGGCGGUGGCCAGACAAGCCGACCUGCCCUGGGCCACGACGCGGCUGUGCUACCUGCUGGGAAGAAUGAGUCUCCGAAGGUUCAAGCUGUCUCAGGCUCGGGUGUAUUUUGAAGAAGCCCUGGCAACCCUGCGGGGGGAUUUUCGUGACCUCCACUUGGUAGCCACUCUUUACACCCAUCUAACAGGCAUUUACCUGAAACAGAAGAACGUGGAGAAAAGCGCUUCUUUCCUUGACAAAGCUGCCUCCUUGCUGAUGGGCCUGGCCAGCGACACGGACGGUGCAGAGAUGGCCCUGGAGAUCUUGAAAUACGCCUUGAAAAGAGCCGUGCUCAGCCAGAGCAGAAACGCCGAGGCCAGGGCCUGCUUCCUGCUGGCAAAGCAUUGCCUGAGUUUCAAGCAGGGGCAGGAACCGGCCCCCUUCCUGGAAAGGCUGCAGCUGCUGCUGAAUACGGGCCAGGGGUUGCCCAGCGGCAGAGGGUCCGUGGACUGCUACUUGAAGCUUGGCCAACUCUACAGCCAGAAGUGCCUGCCCCGCCUUGCGCUCAGCUGCGCCAAGGUGGUGUUUUCCCGCAGCUCCUGUUCUCUGCUGGAGCAGUUCAGGACCAUCGAUUUGGUGUUAAGGAAUGCCUCUAAAGUCCACAGUCCCACACCUGGUGGACAAACACACCCCUCCCUCGUGGCCUUUUACCUCAGAGAACUGCUUCACGCGCUGGAAGGGAGCAGGGGCAGCCAGAAGCUGUGCAGCGUCAUUUACUACGAACUUUCUCAGCUGCACAGCCGUUACAAGCAGUACGAAGAAGCCAUCGGCUACAUGGAGGAGGUUCUAGAGCUGAACACGAGUAGGCGAGCGGUGGAAGACACCAUUAGCCACUUCAUUUUCCUCAGCUGGCUCUACAUCCUCCAUCAGCAGACUGACACGGCUCUGUGCAUUUUAAACGCAGUCGCAGAGUCCCCCUGGAGCACCCGCCAGCAGUUGGGUGUCAUCCAUAACAUGGCGGCCAUCAGUCUGAGACAGAGGAAUCAGCCCAGGCGAGCCGUGGAGAGCUACUUCAAAGCUCUGAGCAUUUCCAGAGAGACGGGCAGCGUGGCUAACGAGGCAGUGGCUUUGGCCAACCUGGGCAUCUUGUGCCUGCACUCGUCUGCCCAAAGCCUGGGGGAGCAUUUCUUGAUCAAAGCCAUCCAGCUCUUCUCCGAACUCUCCAGUGGAGAAUGUGGGGGGAACUUCGUGGCCAUCCUCCUCCGGCUGGGGCACCACUACACCCGUGGGGCUCAGAAGGAGAAGGGGAGGAAUUGCUAUGAGUGGGCCUUUCUGGUGGCGAUGGAACGCGAGGAUGUGGAAGGGCAACUCCAGGCUGUCCAGCACCUGUGUCAUUUCCACAGCACGGUUGUCCCAGAUCCAGCGCAGUGUGUCCUCUACAACGAAUAUCAGCUCACCCUGGUUAGGAAGAUGUCCGACAAGGUCAUGGAAGGGCAGGUGCUAGAGACCAUCAGCCAUCUCUACCUGUCUCUGGGAACAGAAAGGGCAUGCCGGUCUGCUCUGGACUACCUCAAGAGGAGCCUUGGGAUAUUCAUUGAUCUUCAAGCCAAAAAUAAGGAAGCUCAGGCCUGGCUCCAGGCAGGAAGGAUCUAUUAUGCACUGCGGGAGAAUGAAUUAGUUGACGUUUAUAUCCAGGUUGCUCACAACGUUGCUCUGAGUUCUCAGGACCCCAAUUUAGAAAUGGAAAUGCUUGAAGCCUCGGGAGACAUAUUUUUCAACGGAGACUGGGAAAAGGAAAAAGCAGCGCCCUUCUACAGGGACAAGGCUCUGCCACUUGCCACGAAGGCCAAAAACGGCAGCGCUGAACUUCGCCUCUUCAACAAGUUGGUUGGGUUGUUCUUGACCUUACAGAAGUAUGAAGAAUGUCUCGGAUACGCCCAGACGUCAUUAAUGCUCAGUGUCGAUUUAGGAGACCAGCUGAGUGAGCGAGUGGCCUACCACCGCCUGGCGGUCAUCCACCAUCACUUGGGGCAGUGUGAACUGGCCGAGCACUUCUUCCUCAAAGCCGUUUCCCUCUGCCCCUCCCCACUGGAGUUUGACGAGGAAGCCCUCUAUUAUGUCAAAGUGUACCUUCUCCUGGGAGACAUCACCUUCUACGACCUGAAGGAUCCUUUUGAUGCUGCAGGAUACUACAAUCUGGCACUGGCUGCUGCCAUGGAUUUGGGGAACAAGAAAGCGCAACUGAAGAUUUACACCAGACUUGCCAUAAUUUACCACAAUUUCCUUAUCGACCGAGAGAUGUCUCUCUUCUUCUAUCAAAAAGCCAGAGCCUUUGCCACGGAGCUAAAUAUUUGCAGAAUCAACCUCUCUCCAGACCAGCCUCCCAGGAGAAAAGUCCUGUGAGCCUCUCCUCUGGACACUGGCUGGAGGGCUUGCGAGGGACAGAGAGCAGCCCCCCUUUUUCUGGCACCUGAGUUUCUGAAGCACUCGGUAUCUCCUCCUCCUUCCCACCCAUUCCCCCCAAAAUAAGGACAAAGUCAAGAAAAGGGCAUCAGGGAUGAUCCUGGAAGGAGCUGGCUAUGAAACUACAGAACAGUUGAAGUCAGCAAACAGUGAUCAAGCUCAAAUGAAAGCAUUUAACCGAAAAUAAAUAUGAUAAAAUAAUA